AUGCCAUCUUCAACGCCUCCUCUCGCAACGACACUUUGUGAAGAGCAUUUAUUGUUCUGCUUUGACGUUUUAAACGAUCAAUUGACAAAGAAACAAAAGAAUGGAAAGACUGCAUCGGAAGAAUUUCCUCUUUUCAUCACUUGGAAUACCGUUACCGGUUCACAUACCAGAUUACGUGGUUGCAUUGGAACUUUUGAACCUUUACCGUUACGAGAAGGAUUAGAAGAAUAUUCGAUCAUUGCAGCAUUCAAAGAUAGGCGAUUCAAUCCAAUCUCGCAAGCCGAAUUACCGAAGUUGGAAUGUGCUAUUUCACUUCUGACAAAGUUUGAAGAAUGUCAAGAUUAUCUCGAUUGGGAUUUGGGAACACAUGGAAUUUAUAUAGACUUUACACCACCGUCAUCGUCUUCCACAACAGGUUCUAAUGGCCGUCGAAAUGGCUCUCGUGGCACUCUCACAGCAACGUAUUUACCUGACGUCGCUCCUGCUCAAGGCUGGACGAAAGUUGAAGCAAUCGAUAGCGCAAUCCAAAAAGCAGGAUAUGAUGGCAAGAUUACGGAUGAAUUGCGCAAAAGCUUACAUGUUCGACGUUAUCAAAGCGAAAAGGCUAGCUUACGUUACGCCGAUUGGAAGGCUGCCAGAGAAUCAACAUAG